UGUGUGGCUUCGCUUUCCAAAAUUUCCAACUUCACUUCCCUACUGGUUAGCUUGCGGGGACUCGAGCUACGACAUCUCUUUUGUAUUAUUACAUCGGAUAACCCUUUUCUAUUGCUUUGACCUAAUGACUAUCUUGUUGUCCUAGGCAGGUUCCUCGGUCUCUCCCUCGGCCCUCGAUUUGAUUUCGCACCCCAGCACAAUAGACAUAGACGGGCUGCGGAGAUCCGGGCAGCCCCUGAACCACACAGGAGGGCUUCAGUUACUGUGACGCACCCUCUUGGAUGACCAAGUCUCAAGCAGAUCCUUCAACUCACGAACCACUACCCGCCGCUCCACACCACACAACAUGCCCCUCUCACGUCACUCGACCACGGGCUACGAGCGCAUAGCCCAAGCCGACGCCCUCUGCUCCGACUCCGAAGAUGACGACCCCCUCACCCGUUCCACUGCUACGCUGCAACCAGCCGCCGCGCCUCGUUACGCCCCCAUUUCGCAGCCACGGCCUCACUCCGGCAUGCACUCCCCGAAGGCCUUCGCGCCCCGGCCCAAACCCCACCGCCGCGGCGGCAGCGGCAGCGGCGUAGACCUCAAAGCCAUCAACGCUCGGCUCGAGCGCUGGGCCGACGAGAUUGCCAGCCGCUUCAAACGCAAUAAGGGGGUUGCCAAGAACCUCAGCGACGAAGAGCCCCUCGAGAUCCACCACUCCGUCUUUCAGCCCCCCGAGGGCGUCCGGCCUCUCACGGCCGAAGGCCUUGCCGAACCCCAACCGGAUGUCAUGACCAAGGCCGAGUUCGAGGAUAUAAUCAGCAGCGUCCGCGCUGCCAUUGCCCAGGGCGUCCACCCUCGCAUGAUCUCCCAGGGCAGCUCGGGUAGCUACUUCGCUCGUAACCCCGAGGGCAAGGUGGUGGGAGUGUUCAAACCCAAAGACGAGGAGCCCUACGCCGCUGGUAACCCCAAGUGGAAUAAAUGGAUUCACCGAAACUUGUUCCCUUGCUUCUUUGGCAGAGCAUGUUUGAUUCCCAACCUCUCGUAUGUCAGCGAAGCCGCAGCCUAUACUCUCGACUGUCAACUACGCACACACAUCGUUCCGUAUACCGACGUGGUCUGGCUGUCCUCCAAAUCCUUCCAUUACCCGUUCUGGGAUCGGCUCAGCUUUAGGAGGAAGAAGAAGCCGCUCCCCGAAAAGGCCGGGAGCUUUCAGGUCUUUCUUAAAGGCUUCAAGGACGCCAACGUAUUUCUCAGGGAACACCCGUGGCCCGACCAAUACUUGUCCGGGUUCCGUACGACAGACUCCCGCCGACGGAAGCGGAGGAGGUGGGCGGAUAACUGCCGCCCCGGCAGCGGCCCCUCCCUCAACGAUAUUGAAAGCGACGAUGAAGAUAGCGCACAAGCAAAUACACCAGGACCGGAUAACUUCGUGUGGACUGAAUCAUUGAAAGAGUCGUUCAGGGAAGAGCUGGAGAAACUCGUCAUAUUGGACUACAUCAUGCGCAACACGGACCGCGGUCUCGAUAAUUGGAUGAUCAAGGUCGAUUGGGGCAGCGAACAAGUCUCGAUCGUGUCGGAGCCGAUACAAUUCGACUCGGGUAACGGAUCAUCGUCGGCUGCAGAAGACGGUCCCCGUCCUGCAAGUGCCAAUCGAAAGCCAUCGCCAGCAAGAGCGACGUAUCCUUCCUAUCAAACACAACAGCCCAUGCAAGCGGCAAGCCCAGCUUCCAGUAUCCGAGACCCGAAGAUCACCGUCGGCGCCAUAGACAAUUCAUUGUCGUGGCCCUGGAAACAUCCCGACGCCUGGAGAAGCUUCCCUUUUGGCUGGCUCUUCUUACCUGUCGACCUGAUCGGCCGACCCUUCUCCCAGAAAACCCGUGAUCACUUUCUGCCCCUCCUCACUUCGACUCAAUGGUGGAGUCAGACUCAGCUUGCCCUGCGCAAAGUGUUCCAGCUCGACCCGGACUUCCAGGAGCGCAUGUUCGCCCGGCAGAUGGCCGUCAUGAAAGGCCAAGCGUGGAACGUCGUCGAAACGCUCAAACUGGCCGAUCACGGACCCCUCGAGCUCACCCGCCGCGCCAAAGUCUGCGUCUGGGACGACCUCGUCGACAUACCCGUCGCCGUGCCCAUGCGCAUGUCUUCCGACCUGCACCACCGCAACGUCGAACCAGCCACCUUCGACGAGGAGGGCGACAUCGGCGCCGCAGUCUCGUCGUCUGCCCCCGCGCGCCCUCCCGACGCCGACAUGGGAGACCUCCUGGGCUUCGCCAGCUCUCCAGCCAACAUGCCCCACCCAGGCCGCUUCGAGCUCUCAACGUCCCCCUCCACCGGCGAGGGCGGCGCCCGGUCACCCGACGGGGAGUCCUUCGUCGGCAGCUCCGACAUCCUGAACUCCGCAGCGGCCCAACUCGGCAAGGACGUCGCGAAACCCGGCGCGCCGCACCGUCCCACGGCCCAUGUCGCCUCCGGCUUCGGACAGAGUCCCCACGGCCGCCCCCAAACCCAGACUCAGACCCAGACCCAGACCCUGAACGCGUACGCACCUGACCGGGGACAAGGACAAGGAGGACCCGCCGGCGGGAAGGGCAGGCGACUCAAUCACCAGCGGCGCUACUCGUUCGCCACGGCGGCCACGCGGCGCAGCAGCUCCACCAUCGCACAGAGGCUCUACGGCGCGGCGGGCAGGGAACACGACUCCGAAGCCAACCUCGCCGAGGACGACCUCGACGGCGACUUGGGAUACGCGGCGGCGGAGGGCAUGGAGGGUAACCGACGUAAAGUCAUCGUGGAGCGGCUCGAGCCUGUCAAGGCGCGGAAUCCCGUCUUCACUUGGUGCUGAGGACUUGGCGUCUGUGGGCUGGGUGGUGUGAUAUGUGAUAUUUAGUGCUGCUUUUCCAGUUCUCGCUCCCGCCGAUACAGAGGCCUUUCUCCCUUCCCCCGGACUUCUUCUUCUAUUUUUUUUUUCUUCUUUUUCCCCCGAAUUGUAAGAUGGGAUGGUCGGUGCAUAUUCGGCUUUACUUUAGACACAAUGGGCCGCGACGCCUUAGAAGGGGCAAUACGGAAUUUUCAAGCGAAAGAGAAAGCAAAGAAGAAGGAUUGCUUGUACAGCCGGUCACUUUGGCUUCAAUGUUGCGGUCUGCCUUUUCUCAUCCUGGCGGUAUUGGGUAAUCUAUGGGCGAGGCCAUGGGUGGUAAGAGAGAGAAAAGAAUUAUUGCAAACAAAAUAGAGUGUCCCAAGGGC